AUGAGCACCGCCACAGGGCCUGAAGCUGCACCCAAACCAAAUGCAAAGUCUAUCUAUGAACAGAGAAAACGUUACUCCACUGUGGUUAUGGCCGACGUGUCCCAGUACCAUGUCAAUCACCUGGUCACCUUCUGCUUGGGGGAGGAAGAUGGCGUACACACCGUGGAAGACGCUUCCAGAAAGCUGGCCGUCAUGGACAGCCAGGGGCGCGUCUGGGCCCAGGAGAUGCUACUGAGGGUGUCACCUGGCCAUAUCACUCUGCUAGAUCCUGUCUCCAAGGAGGAACUGGAGUCAUAUCCCCUUGACGCCAUAGUACGCUGCGAUGCGGUGAUGCUCCGAGGCCGGAGCCGCUCGCUGCUGCUCCUGGUGUGCCAAGAGCCAGAGCGAGCACAGCCAGAUGUCCAUUUCUUCCAGGGCCUGCUCCUCGGGGCGGAGCUGAUCCGUGAGGACAUCCAAGGGGCUCUGCAGAAUUACCGCUCCGGACGCGGGGAACGCAGGGCGGCCGCGCUCAGGGCGACGCAGGAGGAGUUGCAACGUGGCGCCUCCCCUGCUACGGAGACCCCGCCCUUACAGCGUCGCCCGUCAGUCCGCGCGGUGAUCAGCUCGGUAGAGCCAUCCGCCGGCCGCGGGCGACCCCAGGUGGAGCCAAUUCCAGAGACCGAAGACGCGAGGAGACCCGACCCAGCUCGCACGAGAAGCGCGGAGCCUACCUCCCCGGACCUGGGCCCACGCGGUCCUGAGCUGGCGGGUCUGCAAGCGGAGCGGGACGUGGAUAUCCUGAACCACGUGUUUGACGACGUGGAGAGUUUUGUAUCCAGACUGCAAAAGUCAGCAGAGGCUGCCCGGGUUUUGGAGCACCGCGAGCGCGGCCGCAGGACACGACGCCGAGCUCCUGGAGAGGGCUUGCUGACGCUGAGGGCCAAGCCUCCCACCGAGGCUGAAUACACCGACGUGCUUCAGAAAAUCAAAUACGCCUUCAGUCUGCUGGCCCGGUUGAGAGGCAACAUCGCCAAUCCCUCCUCUGCAGAGCUGUUGCACUUUCUGUUCGGGCCUCUGCAGAUGAUCGUGAAUACUUCAGGAGGCCCUGAGUUCGCGAGCAGCGUGCGACGACCACAUCUGACAUUGGAGGCUGUGGCGCUGCUCCGCGACAAUGUCACUCCUCGUGAAAACACCUUGUGGACGUCGCUUGGGGACUCCUGGACCCGCCCAGGGGUGGAGCUGCCUCCGGAAGAAGGGUCUCAAUACAAUCCGGAAUUCUACAGCGGCUGGGAGCCCCCGGCCACUGACCCGCAGGGCCGCGCCUGGGAGGACCCAGUGGAAAAACAGCUACAGCAUGAGAAGCGGCGCAGGCAGCAAAGCGCCCCCCAGGUCGCUGUCAAUGGUCAUCAAGAUCCAGGACUGGAAGCUGAGCCCCAGCUAGAAGAGAGAACCAGAAAGUGGGUUCUGUGUAAUUAUGACUUCCAGGCCCGAAACAGCAGUGAGCUGUCUGUCAAGCACCGAGACGUGUUGGAGGUCCUGGAUGACAGGCGCAAAUGGUGGAAGGUUCGAGACCAUCAGGGACAGGAGGGCUAUGUACCCUAUAAUAUCCUGACACCCCACCCUGGACCGCAGGGGCAGUGCAGCCAAAGCCCUGAAAGAAGCCUUGAGACUAGCACUCCGGCUCCCCCAGCUGAGCCAGCGCCAGCCCCUACUCAAGUGAGGCCACAGUGGGACAGCUGCGACACUCUCAACAGUUUGGACCCCAUCGAGAAGGAGAAAUUCUCCCAGAUGCUCUGUGUCAAUGAGGAGCUGCAGGCGCGCCUGGCGCAGGGCCGUUCGGGUCCCUGCCGGGUAGUCCCGGGGCCCCGUGCUCCGGAGCCCCAACUCAGCCCGCGCUCUGAGGCCUCGGCGGUCCGUGCCUGGCUCCAGACCAAGGGCUUUAGCCCUGGGACCGUGGACGCACUCGGCGUGCUGACCGGGGCACAGCUCUUCUCACUGCAAAAGGAAGAGUUGCGGGCAGUGUGCCCCGACGAAGGGGCGCGAGUGUACAGCCAAGUCACCGUGCAGCGCGCGCUGCUGGAGGACAGAGAAAAAGUGUCAGAGCUGGAGGCCGUGAUGGAGAAGCAAAAGAAAAAAGUGGAAGGCGAGACGAAAACAGAAGUCAUUUGACACUUCCUGGCUCGCUCACAGAAAGUGAUUAGACGGCGGGGUUCCCAGCGCCCAUAGGACAACAGUAGCCAGACUCCUCCCCAUCGCCAGUGGCAGUAGAUGCCCUAAAGGACUUCCUUUCCUGGUCUCCCUGCUACCUACCCUGGCAGGCAGACUGCACUGACACUGCUGACCGGAACCCUCCCAGAGGGACUGGGGAAUGGAAGGGGGGGGGGGGGGGCGGAGUAUAGAGACACUACCAGAGGGGCACGCCCAAGAGGCACAGUGAGGGAUCCGUUGGGUUGUGAUGUGCCAUAAACAGCCUCCUUUUAGGCCAUGUCCACCUGCUGUCCCCCUCUCUUGCUGGCUACCACCGAGCCAGGAAUCUGGGAGAUGCCACACAUUUUCUCUCCGUAAGUCUGGAGAGAAUACAGGUUUCUCCUAAUCACCAGGCUAUCUUCCCGCUAGCCCCACCUGCAACCUCUUUUUUUCAAAACCCUUCCCUGGCUCCUAGCUGUUCUCAGUCCGGUCAUCUGGCUUAUGAGGUUUUUCAUUCAAACAAGGAGGGUGUCACUGCCCACCGUCCAUUCUGGGCCAGCCCCUUCCAUCACACACAUUUCGCACUUCCUGCUUCUGCUAGUUGGAGCAGCCUUUAUCAUCCUGGCUCAACUCACCUACACACUGUUGAUGCCUGCACCAGCCUCUGAGGAUCCAGCUAUGGAGAUCUGGAUGCUCCCUGGGCAUGCUUACAGGCCCUUGGGUCUUCCUGUCCCCUCAAGAACAAUCUCCCUGCCAGGUCCUGAAACUUGUCCCAGUUAUCCAAGUGGCUUAAAAGAUCUGGUUUUCUCACUCA